UACUAUCUCAAGCAGGACUCCGAAAUCACAGGUGGACAAGGUGUAGGAGUCCACCUGGACAGCCAGGAGCAGGAGGCAUAGAGGCCAGGUCCAACAGGGAUGUCCUGAACAUCAGUGCGGGAGGAGCACCCCGUCCUGAUUCUUCUGGCUACUUUUGUAUCGCCAGGGCUAUCUCCUCCAUUUUGGGCACCUGGAUGGACUACUACCCUGAGGAAUUUUUCCAGCCCCCAGAAUUCCUCAGCCUAAAAAUGCUGCUGGCAUACGUGGGGCUGAACAUGCAAGGCUCAGAGCUGGAGCGCCGUGCCCACUUUCUCUUCUCAUUGUGGAGAUACCUUGAGCCCAAUGAGCCAGAGUCUGUGGCUAUGGCACCAGCUCCAGAGCAAGAUCCAGAUGUCCCUCAGGAGCUAGCCCCCGCUAUCUCUGUGGUGCCCACUGCAGCUUCACAGCCCAGGCUGCCUGAAGCCACCACUCAUUCUGGAGCUCAGCAAUUAGAAGAAGUGGUCACCCUCCCUGCAGCGUCCCCACCAGUGGAAGUGGUAGUCCUAGCUCUGAUUCACUGUCAGGAGCUGGAAGAGACACUUGCCCCUUUGGUGGACCCAGACCCUGAGCAGCCUCCAGCCCCAGCUGGCGGGGUCACGGAAGGGCUGGAGCAACCACCUGCUGCAGCUGGGCAACCAGCCUCAGCUCCAGAGCAGCAGCUCAUGUUGGCUGCAACCCCAAAGGAUGACUGCCCUUCUGCUGUCAUUGUGUUCUUUGUAAUUUUUGUGGUUUGUAUAGAGAUAUUUAAUGGCCUUAGAUAUUUUCUUUGUAAGUAA